AUGUCUUCUAUACUUUGCUCACAAGGCGUGGUCCUUGCCACGGCCAUGGCUGUUUCUGGCACUGUAAUUCUCCUUGCCUUUCGCCUUCAAAAAUCCACCCUUUCUUCUGGUCAAUUCUCUAUUGAUCAUCAUCAAAUUCGCCAGGCUUCACGACAAGCUCUACGGUCUUGCAUCUCAUCAGAAGGGAAGAAGAAGGGAAAGAAGAAAAGGGUGCACUUUGCUGAGGAUGUGGUGGAUCCAAGAGGGAAUGGAGAGGAGUUUAGAAGGCAACGUGAAGCCAUUUUUCUUAGUCAAAAUUCCUGUUCUUCUUAUUCAUCAACGCCUACAGAAAUCAAGAAGAAUGGUCAGAAAAGAAGAAUGCCUGAAAACAGAGCUGCUCUUUACAAUGGUAUUCUUAGAGAUCGUGGGGCUCAAAGAUUGGCCUAUUCUUGUUGA